GACAGCCCCGGCGCUGGGAAGGUCAGGAACGGGAGGGCACGCAAGAUGGCAGCUUACUUGUGGCUGAGUUAUGGCGGCAAGGGGCUGGUGAGGCUGCUGUUGGGGAUGCGGCCAGCUCUUGGUGCUGGCAUGUCUUUACCAUCUCAAGGAGGCUGGAGGCGUCUGCACAGGACCCGAGAGCUACUGGGUACACCUGGUAUUAAAGUUCUCAUGCCUGCACUUUCUCCUACAAUGGAAGAAGGAAACAUUCUGAAAUGGUUAAAAAAGGAAGGGGAAACAGUGAAUGCUGGAGAUGCAUUGUGUGAAAUUGAAACAGACAAAGCGGUGAUUACCAUGGAAUCAAGUGACGAUGGCAUAUUGGCUAAAAUACUGGUGGAAGAAGGAAGCAAAAAUGUACGCUUGGGCUCACUAAUUGGUUUGCUGGUAGAGGAAGGACAGGACUGGAAGCAAGUGGAAAUACCAGCUCAUGGUGAUGAUUCAUCUUCUCUGGCUACACUGGCACCUGCAUUUACCUCAACUGCUGCAGGUGCUUCAGUUUUAGACCUUCUGAAACUGGAACAUAAACCUGGAAAAUCGCAGGUUCGCUUAAGUCCUGCAGCUCGGAACAUUCUGGAGACGCAUGGAUUAGAUCCAAACAAUAUUACACCUUCUGGGCCACGAGGAAUCUUCACUAAAGAGGAUGCUCUCAAACUUUUGCAAGAGAAGCAGAAGGGCAAACCCAGUGAACUGAAACCUAUCGUUUCUCCAGCUCCUCCCCAGCCUACUGCAAUACUUUCUGCUUUGCAAGCAACAGUGGUGACUUCUGCUUAUCCAAGGCCAGCAGUUCCACCAGUUUCCACACUGGGACAACCUCCUGCACUGGGCACGUUCACAGAAAUCCCCGCUAGCAACAUCCGAAGAGUUAUUGCUAAGAGAUUAACAGAGUCUAAAGCUACUAUACCUCAUGCAUAUGCUGCUGCUGAUUGUGACAUUGAUGCUAUUUUGAAAUUAAGAAAAGAUUUGGCCAAAGAUGACAUUAAAGUAUCUGUAAAUGAUUUUAUUAUCAAGGCAACUGCAGUUACUCUAAAGCAAAUGCCAGAUGUGAACGUAACCUGGGAUGGAGAAGCCUGCAGGCAGCUGCAGUCCGUUGACAUUUCUAUUGCUGUGGCAACAGACCGAGGUCUCAUUACACCAAUCAUAAAAGAUGUUGCUGCCAAGGGAAUUAAGGAAAUUGCUGCCUCUGCAAAGGCUCUAGCAAAGAAAGCAAGAGAUGGAAAACUGUUACCGGAAGAGUAUCAGGGAGGAUCUUUUAGGAUGAAAAUCCAUGUGAUGAUUCUGAGGGCCAAGCCUAGGCCGAGUGUCCUGUAUCAAGGGGAAACAGUUAUCUCGAAGAAUGUUUUUCUGUUGGCUUGUGUUUUGGGGUUUUUUUAGAUUAAUUUUGUAGGUAAGGAAACCUAUUUAUAGUAGUUUUUAAAUAAAUAUUUUUAAAAGAGUGUUUGGCAGAGAUAGUGCAACAGACAGUGAUGUCCACUUUGUCUUCAAUUCUCUCAGAGGAAUUAUCUAAGGGAGCAAAAAACAGUUACAGCAAAGUUGUCGUGCUAGGUCUUACAGUUUAACUGAAACGUUAAAAAGUGAAUAGAUAAUUUUUAAAUAGCAGCAUAUACUUAGUAAAUAUUUGUUCUAGAAAAUGUACUCUGCAAAAAGAGCUAGUGAACUCAGUGAUGAGAAAUAAAUGGCAUGUGUAAAACCCUAGCAUAAAUGUAGUGACACAGUUGGACAAUUAAUUUCUCAUCAUACUGUUUACACUCCCCACUCUAAACUUUUAAUGUACUGUAUUUUAUGAUACAGUAUCAUCAAGGAACAAUUUUGUUAUAUAAACUUUAGCUUAGCUCAUUUUUUAUGAAUUUUCAAAAGCUGACUCUGAGUGCUUAUAUUAAUCAUAUCUUCUAGAAUAAUAAUUUGUGAUGAGAGUAAUAUUUCAUACUUAUACAGAAACAUUGCUGUAAUGUAUAUUAAUGUGCCUGAAUUGCAACUGUAUGGAAUUAUGUGGCUUUCAUGCUAGGAGUAGUGGUUAAAAAAAAUCUCCAAGCCUUUCAGCAGAAAAAACAUACGGAAAUGUAUCAGUAGUGGCUCAGAUGUCUUCGUCAACACAAAUGGCCCCUGAGUGAAAAUAACUGUGAAUAUUUCACUGGUAACAGAUGUCAGUAGUGAGGACAUCUGUGUGAGGUGUGACCAAGUGGAUGAUCUGCUCAGCCUGGUGGCAGAGCUAUGAGAGGAAGUAAAGGAACAUCAGGGAUUGUGAGAAAGACAUAGACUGGUGGAACCAUUCUCUGCUCUCCCUGAGGCAGAAACAGGAAAAGCCACCAGAUAAAAAGCAUCAUCAAGGGGAUCUUAUAUCCUCCCCCCACCAGGCUGAAGGCAGUAGCUUAAAGGAAAAGACUGAAUAGAAGCAAGCCCACACUCAAGGUGGCAGGAAAGCCCCCUCCUUGCUCAUCUCACCUUCCCAGGUGCCUCUAUACAGCAGGUAUGACGCUCUGGAUGUGAAGGCCAGUUAAUGGAUGAUAUGGAUGACAGUCCAUCUACACCAGAGGUGUUGCCAAGGUCAGAAAGGCCUGCCCCCCAUAUCAUGACCACCUCUAUAAGGAAGAAAAGAUGGCUUGUAGUUCUAGGUAUCUUCUUUCUCAGGGGAACACAGGGUUCAUUAUGCCAUAGAGACCCUCCUCUUAGGGAAGUCUGCUGACUCCCUGGGGCCCUAGAAUAUCACUAGGAAACUUCCUAGCUUGGUGUGGUGCUCGGACAUGGUAUGGUUAUUGCUCUUUCAUGUGGGUGGUAAUGAAGGCGCAGUGCAUAGUCCAAGGGUGAUCAAAAGAGGCUUCAGGGCCUUGGGGCAGUUGGUAAGAAAAUCUGGAGGGGUCUAGGGCAAUUAUCCACUGCCAUCUGUCGAGCGCAACAACUGUCUGCCAGAUGACUGUACACUAGAAAACUGACUGCUGGACAUUUAUACACCACCUACUCUCCAAUCAAUAGGUGGUGCUUGUUCAGCACUGUGAAAAGAACCACCUACAGCACUGUGAACAGAACCACCGGAAACUGGUGGCUCUGCUGCCGGUGCUCUUAUUUUUGUAAGAAGAUUGUGUAUAUAUGGGGGAGAUCAAGUGUAUGAGUCACACACUUUGUAACAUGAAAAAUUAACAGUGACAUAAGGGCUACUCAAUCAAAUGUAUUACAAACAGCUGUUUUCAGGUCACAGUCCUGAGCAUCACUUCUAAAACUGUGUUUUGAUGGUUUUUAAUUGCAUUUUUUUAACAUUACUUUUAAAAAAGAUCUCAUGUUUAACUGAGUUGCCUUUAUCUUAUUGUUAGGUUUUUGUGUUACAUUAAAGUCCAAGCCUUUCCAAGCAUACCACUUCCCAGCUGGUGACAAGACAAAGCAGAAGGGCAUGAUGAGGUUUUCAUGUGCCUGAGUGAUAUCUAGAUGCCCAAAUUGUAUCACUUAGUUGUCAGCAGCCCUUGUAACUUAAAGUUGUGAAAUUCAGUCUAAAAGACAUUUGUCUCAGAACAAGAACAGGCAAAGUUUAUUUGAAGAUAACCAUUUUCCUGUUGUACUCAGUGCCUUCAGUGUGUGCAACACAACUGUAAAGAAAUGAGACUUUUUAAAAGGUGCAUUAGUCAUAAUUAAAAAAUCCCAAGCCCUUGAGAAUCUGAAUGUGCCUAGCUGAAAUCCAGUUCAGAUCUAUUUUAAAGCUAAUGGGUUUGGCCAUGGGAGAUAAUUGGGUCACAGUAGUUGUUCAAUAUCGAUUAUUUCUUCUAGGUAAUAUAUAAUUUCUGAUAUUCUGGUAACUCUUUUCUUUCUUCC